AUGAGCCACGUAGCCAACAAGUUACGCGAGAAUGCGGACAAUCAAGCAUGUGCCGACUGCAGCCAGCCCGUAACGGCGUCGGUGGCGUGGGCGACGACCACCUUUGGAGCGUUCGUGUGCAUCCAGUGUGCUGGCGUGCACCGGAACCUUGGCGUUAAAAUUUCACGCAUCAAGUCUGUGCACAUGGACACUUGGUCGGCUGACGAGGUGGCGCUCAUGAAGGGUAACCGCGCGGCCAAUGCUGUGUUGGAAAAGCACGUGGCGCCGGCCGUGAAGGCGGCCGUGAAUCAAAGUGACGGGUUCCGUGCGGCGUACAUUCAGGCGAAAUACGCCACCAAGACGUUUGCGUCGCCUGACGGGGCAGCAUUCCAGCUACCUCCAACUGCCGCCGCUCCAUUAUCAUCGUCUCAAUCCUCCUCGUCAUCCUCGAAGCGGAACAAUGGAAUGUCGUCGUUGGAUGUGGCCAAACGCUUUGUGAAUUACUUUGUCGUGGUUGGCCGAGGCUCGAGCUUGAAGCAAACAGUGGUCACGUCGACGGGACCAGGAGACAUCCAAUUCCAGCCCACCAUUCUCGACAGCUACCCCGAGACCCUAGCCGACGCCCCACUCCCUCCACACAUUGCUCAAUUUGCCUUUCCGGAGCGGUUGACCUUGAGCGCCACGUUUCGCGAGCCAACCUUCUUUUCGUUUGUCCUGACCAACGUCAGUGGGGCCAAGUUGUAUGCGUGCGCACUCCAAUUCGACGAACUGCUUACGCCAUUUGAAGUCAUGGCGCUGUUUGUAAAAGACGCCAUGCCAACGUGGGCCCAAGCGUUGUCCAGUGGCAGCACAAAGCAGGCGUCGGCCGUGUAUAGCCCCAAAUGCAUCGUCGUGUUGAGCCAGUAUCCGUUUUUUUCAGCGUUUCGAACGUUUCUACAACAAAUUUACCGGUUGUCGCUGUCCGAGGCCCCGCUGCCACUGGAGCGCUACGUGGCCAACUUUGUAUCGGAAAUCCCAGUCCCACCUCCGGGUCGCGUGCAAGUGGAGUUGACGCUACCAGAACACACAAUGGUCGUGUCCAGGCCACCAACCAACCAACUCCCCCACGCCGAUGUGAAUUUCCGCCCGCUAUUUCAAAUGCUCGACUUGAACAACGUCCUCGCCGUGUUCACGUGCCUACUACUCGAGCAAAAGGUGGCGCUGUGUUCAAUGCACUUGAGCGUGCUCACACCCAUUGCCGAAUCCCUCCAAGCCCUGCUGUUUCCGUUGUACUGGCAAGGCGCAUACAUUCCCAUCUUGCCGUCGUCGUUGCUCGAUAUUAUUGAUGCCCCGGUGCCAUUCUUGGUCGGGGUGCACUCCACGUACUUGGCCACGUCCAACCGGAGCAGUGCCAGCGAUGUCUUUUUCGUCGACUUGGACCACAAUCGCAUUAUUGCCCCGUCCAACGAACUCGGACAAGAAGCAACGCUGCCCAAACUGCCCGAGCGCGAAACCGCCAAACUUCGGAGUAAACUCCAAGACGUUGCCAACGUCUUUGAUCCGUUCGCGCCCGAGAUUGCCAAAGCCGACUGGGCGUUCGACCACCAAGAGUACCGCACGCCUGCCGUUGUGGACGGCACCACAGGGGGUCGCAUAUUGCACCCGACAGACGCCGACCGCAAAGCCAGUUUAUCGCUCGAUCGAAAGGCCACGCUGUCGUUUCAGACGCUCAAGAUGCUCGUGCCGUCGCCGUCCGCGUCGGUACUCACCGAGCGGUCGGCGUCCAUUUCUACUGGAACCGGAGGGUCGUCCAGUCCGAAUGCAUUUCAAACGGACGCGGUGCGCCAAGCGUUUUUGCGCUUCUUUGUCAGUAUGUUCAAGCGGUAUGCAGCCUACUUGAAUCCAAAGGCGUUGCAGCAUCCGUCGCAAGCAUUAUUCGACUCGGCAGCGUUCCUACGUGAUAACAGCGACGCUGCGUCUCGGCCGUUUCUGUCGACCGUGCUCGCGUCGCAAAUGUUUCAGCGGUUCUGCCACGACCGAAGCGCUGACGCCGACAACGUGCCGGCCGACGUCCGGUUCUUCGACGCAUCGAUCUAUCAAAAGCUCAACCGGUCCGUGACCCUGGGGAAAAAGUACGACGUCUCGUUUUUAGAAGACAAAGCCGAGAGCAUUCGGGAGACGUACGUGGCACCGCCGCCGUCCACGAUGGGACUCCCAGACAAUGGCAUGCGCUACAAGUACCGAGGGUUUCCUCGGCUCAAACGCCAUUUGUUUGGAACGAUUCGAAAGCCACGGGAACUGUUUACUGCCAACGAACAGCAGCGUCAUGUGGCUCCUGUUCUGGACGUCCACCAGCAAAUAUAUAACCUCAGCACGUGUGUGGUGGAGCCGGGGACGAGCUGGGACGCCACACGCAAACUGGUGGUGUCGCUCCAAGCACUGUACCGAAUGCACCGAGCGAGGAAGUCGUAUCGCAAGCAACAAGCUGCGGUGACCACGAUUCAGUCAUUUGUGAGCUCCCACCUCAAACGCCAUGCCAUGCAAACAAAAUACCGCCGAUUUCGAUGGGCUCUUGUCCAACUGCAGAGUCGCGUGCGAUCCAAAGCCCAGCAAGUCGCAUAUGCCAUCGCCCGACGUGCCGUGAUGGUGCUCCAAGUCACAAUCAAGGGAUUUGUGCUGUCGACGCGGUACCAGCGUCUUCGCCGCGGUGUACUUCGGCUGCAAGCAUGGUGUCGUCGCAAACACCAGCAGCAAUGGUACCGUCGGCAAAUGCAUCGCAUUGUGCUGGUGCAGACUCACGUCCGCGGAAUGCUCGCGCGCCUCCACUCAAUCAAGUGGCGCACGUCGUAUAUAAAUGACCUGAAGGCGCACAUGUUUACCCUGUGGACACAAGCGGCGAUUCCGCUCGUGUAUCGGUCCAAAUUUUGGCUUAUGUUUGACCGCUUCGACUUUAUGAGCAUUGGGGUGCAUCUAGACGAAAUCGCGCGGCUUCAAGCGAUUUUGGGGUGCACGCCGCUGGCGGCAGUGGCCCCGCUGCCGUCAACGGCUGCCAAAUAUGGGAAUUCUGUCCAAGCAACCAAUGACAUGGACAUCGUGUUGUCGAGAAGCGCUCGAAAACGCCGCCAACGAAUUCUCAAGUCGUCGCACACUAGUCGAGAAAUUGCCAGCGUCCGAUUGGACGAAGAACGGUUGCAUCUGUACGACCAGCUCAAGUACCACACGACCGACGCGAUAGCCCAGUCGUUGUAUCGAUCCAUGGGGAUUUCCCUCGCGAGUAAAAAGAAGAAGCGAAAGUUGAUUGACAUGCUCUGGGCGUGUCUCGAUACAGCACACAGCAGUGCUGAGAUCGUCUUGUCGAUUGGCGUGAGUGGUGCCCCGCAAAUGAGUGUUGGAACCAUGGAGGCCAAAUUGCAUUCUCGGAUUUGCUCGGAUUUGGCCUACACUGUGAACGCGGCCAUGGCGUCUCUCCAGAAAACCAAGUCCCCCACAACGACUAAAUCCGUCGAGGGGCACCGUCGAGCAUCGUCGUCCUCUUCCACGGACCGCCGGCGCCAGGACGACAACAAGCAGGCGCUCAUGCGGGCCAUGGUGUACCAGAACCACUGCUUGGAGAUUCAAGUUGCAGAGAGCCAGCGCGAGUUGGUCAAGUGCCGUCAACUGCUGGCCGCCCACCAAGCGCCAACUAGUUUCACGAAUGAAAAGGAGGACGACAACGGUGGCGAUGCCACGGGGGGGAUGGGAUUGGGCAAAGGGGCGCUACGACGCCCUAGUUUGAUCUCUGGUCCCCAAGCGUCCUAUCAAAAGCUCGUGUAAUGUGUAUGUACUGACAAAGGUACGCUUUACAAAAGAACACCAGGCAGAUAUGUAGCUCUGAUAAGAACACGAUGACACGAAUUUAUCAUUUGGCCGGUCG